CCCCUAGCUGUUCCUUUUUUUUCUCUUCCAAACAACUCUAAUCACCAUGUCUGAUGACAUACCUGAGUCCAAGACCAAGACCUUUGAGUCCCAAGUCCAAAACUCUCAGACACACUCCGUCCAGAUUACCACAAUUCGGCUAAAUGGUGAAAACUUCCUUCGCUGGUCCCAGUCCGUGCGGAUGUAUAUCCGAGGCAGAGGCAAAAUCAGCUACCUAACAGGAGAAAAGAAGGAACCAAAACCUGAAGAUCCAUCCUACUCGACCUGGGAUGCAGAGAAUUCGAUGGUGAUGACCUGGUUGGUGAAUUCUAUGGAGGAGGACAUCAGUUCUAAUUAUAUGUGUUACCACACAGCAAAAGAACUUUGGGACAAUGUCAACCAAAUGUAUUCAGACCUGUGAAAUCAGUCUCAAGUCUAUGAACUAACGCUGAAACUCGGAGAGAUCCGUCAAGGAGAUAACAGUGUUACAAAAUAUUUCAACUCUCUGAAACGUUUGUGGCAGGACCUUGAUUUGUUCAGCGAUUAUGAGUGGAAAUCGCCUGAAGAUUGCAACCAUUACAAAAAGAAGGUGGAAGACAACCGCAUCUUCAAGUUUCUCAUUGGACUCAAUGUCGAGUUUGAUGAAGUGAGAGGCAGAAUAAUUGGACGACAACCCUUGCCUUUAAUCGGUGAAGUCUUCUCCGAGGUUCGAAGAGAGGAAAGUCGCAGGCUGGUCAUGCUUGGAAAAAAGUUAUCAAAUGGUGCUGUUGAGACCUCUGCCUUGGUCGCAUCUGAAGCGAAUAUUGGCAGGAAACAUAAUGAAAAGCCCCGUCUUUGGUGUGACCACUGCAACAAGCCUCACCAUACCCGUGAAACCUGCUGGAAAAUUCAUGGUAAACCAGCGAAUUGGAAGAGUAAGCAGGAAGGCAGAUUCAACCAGGAAGGCAGAUUCAACCGAGCCCCAUCAGCUCAUGAAGCCGAGGCACUUCCCUUCAGCAAAGAACAGAUGGAUCAUCUUCUAAAAUUGCUGAAAUUCAAUUCCUCAUCUGGUACUCCUAAUGUUUCUCUUGCUCAAACAGGACCAGAGCUUGGGGAAGACGAUUGGCAGUGCUAAGAUGAUAGAUGGUCUCUACUAUUUUGAAGAUGAUAUUUCAAGUAAUAAAAAGGCUCAAGGUUUGAGUAGUUUUCGUUCUAUCCCUAUUAGAGAACAAAUAAUGCUAUGGCAUUUUAGACUAGGGCAUCCUAGUUUCCCUUAUCUUAAAAAAUUAUUUCCUUCUUUGUUUAAAGGAUUGGAUUGUUCAUCUUUUUAUUGUGAGAAUUGUUUUUUAUCAAAGAGUCAUCGUACUACGUAUUCUCCUAAACCUUACCAAACAUCAAAACCAUUUUAUUUAAUCCAUAGCGAUGUUUGGGGACCUUCUAGGAUCACAACUCUUUCUGGAAAAAAAUGGUUUGUGACUUUUAUUGAUGAUCAUACACGUUUGUGUUGGGUGUAUUUAAUGAAUGAAAAAUCUGGAGUUGAAAAAUUAUUCAAGGAUUUUUAUAUGAUGAUUGAAAAUCAAUUUCAAACAAAAAUUGGCAUUCUUCAUACUGAUAACGGCACCGAAUACUUUAAUGAAGUUUUAGGAAGUUUUUUAACAGAAAAAGGAAUUUUUCACCAAUCCACUUGUGUUGACACACCCCAACAAAACGUAAUUGCUGAAAGAAACAAUAAACAUUUACUUGAAGUUUCUCGUGCCAUCAUGUUUUCAAUGAAUGUUCCUAAGUAUUUGUGGGGUGAAGCCGUUUUAACAGCAACAUAUUUGAUUAACAGGAUGCCUACUCGUGUUCUUAAUUAUUUUACACCCCUUGAAAGCCUUAAAAAAUCUUUUCCUGAAACUCGGAUUUAUUCAAACCUGCCUUUGAAAGUAUUUGGGUGCACUGUCUUUGUCCAUUUACCUAGUAGACUUCGAUCUAAAUUGGAUCCUUGGGCCGAAAAAUGUGUAUUUGUUGGGUAUGCCCCGAAUAAAAAGGGGUACAAAUGCUUCAAUCCGACAACAAAAAAAAUGUUUAUCAGUAUGGAUGUUUUUUUUCUAGAAAAUCAUCCUUAUUUUCAGAAAACUUUUCUUCAGGGGGAGAAAGAGAGUGAAGAAAAUUUUUGGGAGAUUUCUACUAAUAUUCCCUUACCUAAAACUAUUGUCUCACACUCUAUUACUCCAAACACUGAUCUUUUUAAACAAGAAAAUGAUGUUCUAGAAUCAGGAAACCCGGGGCCUCCUAGUCCUAAUCUGCCGAGCCUUACUGUAUCUCCAACAGGGGGAGAAAUCCUACCAACGGUUCCAAAAAAUCCGAAUCCUGAGCUUCUGGUUUAUAACAGAAAAAAGACUCAUCAAAAGAGUAGAGAGCCUACUAUUGUACCUGAGCAAGGCCAAUCAGAGGUCCUGAGCAAUGACUCCCUGAACACUCAAGGUACUCUAAAUCCUAACUUGUCUACAGUUGUCCCUACUAUUUCUAAUCGUACAGAGACACCUAGCCAAGUUCCUGUAGACCUUGAUAUCCCUAUAGCUGUUAGAAAAGGAAUCCGAACCUGUACCCAGUAUCCCAUUGCCAAAUACUUGUCUUAUGAUAAACUUUCCCAUAAACAUAGGGCUUUUACUUCAAAUAUUUCUCACUUGUUUGUUCCAAGAAACA